CUCUACCUGCAUCAUCACUUCAUACAUUCAUCAUACAGCCCUGCUUGGCUUGGCAAAGCAUUGUCUUAAAGCCUUCCAGAUUUUACUAGAAAAGCUUUUUUUAAUCGACUUUUCAAGUAAAAUUACAGUUAAUCGAAAAGUGUGUUAAGCGGGAAGAAGUCUUGAAAAGAUAAAUGAGAAUUAUAAUCCUUAACACCAUGUCUUCAAAUGUAUCCAUACCAUGCUUCUCUAUAGGCACCGCUCUUCAUUGUCGUCGCCGCACGCCAGUGGUUUUCCGAUGCCAAUCAGUGAACUCCAGUUCCUUAAGAUCGGAAAAUAUGACGGCAACACUCUCCAAGGAUGAGUUUCUACUCAAAAGUAAAGGGAAAAGGGAGGAAUGGCAGAGGGGAUUACUAUACCAAUUCCAAGAAGAUGAUAUGCAAGUGCUAAAUGUGAUAGAUGCCAUACAGCACCUGGGCAUCGACCACCAUUUCCAUGACCAAAUCGGAGCCAUUUUGCAGCGACAACAUCAAAAACUUAAAAUUGAUUUUCAAAAAAUUAAUGAUCUUUAUGAUAUUUCUCUUCGCUUCAGAUUACUUAGACAAGGAGGUUAUCAUGUCUCAUCAGAUGUUUUCACCAAGUUCACUAGCGAAAAAGGACAAUUUAAGGAGGAGCUAAGCAAAGAUAUAAGAGGGUUGAUGGCUUUGCAUGAAGCAUCCCAUUUAUCAAUAGAAGGAGAAGAUGUUCUUGAUGAAGCUGCAAAAUUUAGCCGUGAGUCUCUAAUAGCAAGCAUGGUAAAUCUUGAUGAAUGCCAAGCCAGCAUGGUUAAAAACACAUUGCAAUAUCCGUAUCAUAAGAGUUUGGCCAGGUUCACAGCCAAAACCUUUAUUGAAAACAUGAGAAUUGAAAAUGAAUGGGAAGCUACCCUGGUGAAUUUGGCAACAAUGGAUUAUAGCAUAACCCAAUCAUUUUAUCAAGAGGAAUUUCGUCAAAUUCUCAGAUGGUGGAAAGGUCUUGGAUUGAAAGAUGAAUUGGCUAAAAAUCAACAGCUAAAAUGGUACAUAUGGACAUUGGCACUCAUCUCUGAUGCUUCCAUGUCAAGAGAAAGGAUAGAGUUAACCAAGCCAAUCGCCCUUGUAUACCUUAUUGAUGAUAUUAUUGAUGUUUAUGCCACAUUUGAUCAAACCAAACAAUUUGUUGAUGCCAUCAACAGAUGGGAUUUAUCUGUGGGAGAAGGACUACCGGAUUAUAUGAAGAGGUGUUUGGUUGUACUUUUUGAUACAACUAAUGAUAUCAACAACCUUGUUUUCGACAAAUAUGGCUGGAGUCCAAUUGAUCACCUUAAAAGAGCGUGGAAAUGUUUGUGCAGUGCUUACAUAACUGAAGCUAAGUGGUUUGCUACUGGAAAAUCACCGACGGCAAAUGAGUACUUGCAGACUGGGAUUAUAACUACAGGAGUUCCCAUGGUUCUCAUUACCUGUUUCUUCCUAUUAGGCCACGGUGCAUUUGUUGGAACUAUAGAUAUUGAAGACAUGAUAACUUCGGUAGGAGCAAUUUUACGCCUAUUAGAUGACCUUGACGCCACUCAGGGUGAGAAGCAAGAUGGAAAUGAUGCCUCAUAUGCAGAGUACUACGUAAAAGAACAUGAAGGUUUGUCAAUAAGUGAUGGAAAACAACGCAUUAUCAAUAUGGUUUCAGAACAAUGGAAGCUCAUAAACAAGCAGUGCCUUUCUCCAACUCCGAUUCCAGCAUCUUUUAGGAAAUCCUGCUUAAAUAUUGCAAGAAUGGUGCCGAUGAUGUACAACUAUAGUGAUACUCACUGUUUACCCAUUCUCCAGAAACAAAUCAUGUCCAUGUUUUCUACCAUCAAUGGCGAAUCUAUUCGGCUACGGUAGCUGGCUUGGGAAUUGAAACCGCUGAGAUGCAUGAGUUAUAAGAUUAUGCAAACUAUGAUGUACAGUAAAGAACUUGUUCGAUAUGCAUGGUUUAUAGUAAUAAUUUAUUUGUAGUUUCCUUAUCGAUCAAUGGUUGAUUUGAAGUCAGAUAAUAAAGGACAAUAUAUUGGGCCUUG